AUGGACACGCCGGAAAAACGUCCACGGAUGAAGGCUGCUGAUCGGCCUUGGGCGGAGCUGAGUGACCACCUUGUGAGGGGAAAUUGGUUGCUCCAAUCUCCGCCCCCUCUUCCGCCUCCACAAGACGAUCCACCAGUUACGCCAGUCAAGCGCAAGCACUGCAACGCUGAAAGUGCCCCAGAGUUGCCUAUGCCAAUCAAGGCAGAGCCCCAGCGACAAGGCCAG